AUGAAUAAUAAUAAUUUUUUUAUUUUAAUUUUUUUUUAUUAUUACGUUUUGUUUUUAAAUAAAUUUGUAAUUGAUAAAAAUAUAGAAAUUUCUACUAAACCUCCUGUUCAUACGGAAAAUUUACCCUGGCAAUCAAAUUUUGAUUAUCAAUCACCAUCAGGAGUGAUUUAUACUCCAUUUUCAUUAUGUCCUCCAGGAGAAACAGGACAAUUUCAAUAUUUACCAGAUUGUAAACGUUUUAUAAAUUGUUGGAAAGGAAGAGGAAGUCUUUUUAAUCCCGAUACGAGAGAAUGCGAUUUUCCAGGAAAAGUAAAAUGUCAAAAUGGUUUUUUUGGUAAUCAACUUCCGCAACCGACUAAAGAAAGAUAUGUUCGUUUUCCAUAUCAAAGACCAGCAAUUGCUUAUAAUCCCAGAAUUGCAAGAAAUCAAAAUCAUCCGUCAAUUGAAGAAACCAUUCCAGCGAAACCUUAUCCCGGAAGACCUCCUUAUUUUGGACCAUCACAUUUAAAACCACCAACAAGACCAUCAACACAACCGAAAAAUGUUAAACCUUUGUGUCCUUUAGGAGCAACAGGACUUUUUCCACAUCCGACAGAUUGUUCUAAAUUUAUAAAAUGUUGGAGCGGAGGAACUUUUGUUCAAAAUUGCGGACCUGGAACUUUUUUUAAUCCUCUCAUCAGUGCUUGUGAUCACCCACGUAAUGUCGCCUGCACUCACGAAGAAAGUACAGAAUUACCAAAAGUUGAUACGAUUGAAAUUUACGAGCCGGAAGAAAGUGUAAAAAUCGAACAAGUCGUUAAAUUAGAUAAAAAUGAAAAAUUAAUCAAAAACGAAUUGAAAAAAAAUACAUCGAAGGAAAUCAAUCGUCCAACAGCACCGGAAGUAACGUUGGAUCAAAAGAAAGAAGGUUCAGAAAAAAAUACAUCACAAAGACAUCCGAAAAUAAUAAAUUCUCAAGACGUAAGAAAUCAAAUAUUGAAACCUGAACAAAAUAAUCGUUUUGUACAAAUACCAUCACAACAAAAAGAAAAUAAUAAUAAUUAUUUUCAUUCGAAAAAUAACAAACCUGAAAGAAUCGAUUCUAACGUGAAUCAACCUGUUGGAUCCUUCGAACCCAAUUCUUAUAACGUUCAUAUUAAUUUAAAUUAUCCUUCUCAAGGACCUUAUUCUGUCCUUCCUCAAGUAAUACCACAUAAACAAAAUUUCGAUUCUCAAAAAUUGAAUUCAAAUCAAAAUUUUUUCCCUUAUCAGAAUCAAGGAAGGUAUUUGGAUUAUUGGCGCGAAUAUUUUUAUCGUUUGCAACAACCUUACACAAUUCAAAAUAUUCCCAACACUCCCUCUGAAUUUUUACAGCCUCCUCCGCUACAACAAAACUUUUUCCCAUAUGCUCCUAAUCACGGCCACGUUCCCGAAUAUAAUACUAUUUAUUCUAAUAAUCCCCAACUCACUAGACCUUGCGUUCCCGAUCCUAAUAAUCCCAAUCAAAACAAUUUCAAUGCUACCAACUGCGUUUCAAUCAAAAAUGAAUAUUUGAAUGAAUCCCCCAAAGAAGUAAAUUCACCUAACGGUAUCAAACAAAAUCAAUUUUUACCUGGUUUUCCUUACUAUGACACAAAAAAUCAAAAUUCUCAAUCCUACGCUACACAUUUUAGUUCUCCGACAUAUUCUUACAAUAUCUCACCGAACAGCCCACUACCAAAUGGCAACACCCUUAAAUCAACUUCGAAUUCUCAAUAUCAACCAAACUUUGGAAAUACGGGAAAUAAAAUUCAGGGACCAUUGAAUCAUAACCCAAAUGUUUAUUCUACUCUUCCAUUGAAUUCAUAUCCUCAAAAAAUAAAUAAUAAUAAUAUGAAUCCUUAUAAUGCAUUUUACCCCAGUCAAAUUCCAGUAUCAAAUCCCAAUUUUCAAGGUUACUCCCAAAAUAAUUACAUGACGUAUCCCGUACAAAUUUCUCAGAAUCCUAACAACCCUUAUCAGGGUCCACCUUUCCCCUCCAAUUAUUUUAAUCCAACCAAAACUCAACCAAAUUAUUAUCCAUCAGCUCCUGAUUCAUAUUCACCCAAUUUUAAUAAUAACGCUUUUCAACAUUCCGACGCAAACCAAAAACAAAACAUUCCUUCAUUCGAUCGACCCGAUACUUUGAAAGGUACCGAUAAACAAAAUUUACCGUUUACACCAGUUAACACCCCUGAUCAAAUAAACAAUAAAAUACAACCCCAAAUAAUUACAGCAACUCCCAACAAUAUUCAUUCAUCAACCACACCUCCUAAUUUUAUAACUGAAAAAGAAUCCCCUAAAGAACCUUUUCAAACUUCUAACGGAAAUGGUAAAAUUGAUUUCAAUCCGAUUCAUCAAACGAAACCAUUUUUAAGUACAAUCGAUGUCAGAAUUAAUGAUGAUUCUUCAAAAGAAAACGUGACAGGACUUCCGGAUGAUUUGACACUGGCAGAAGCAUUGGAUAUUAUAUCGGAAGAUAAAUUAUUUCCGAACGGUUUCAAUGAAACGUCAACAGCGGAUAAAAAUAAUGAAAUUCAGGAAAAAAUUGAUGCAGAAGAUGAAACGACUACUACUGCUACUACUACGACAAGAGUUAUUCAGCCAGAAAACGAUUUUGAAAUUUUUAAUCAAGAAUCGAUAACGGAAACAAAACCUACAAAAGUACUUAGUAAACCUUACGUUAAAAUCAAACAAACUCCGCCAAAUGGUCAAGUUGUUAGAUUAAGAAAUGGUGCGAGUCAUUUGGAUGGAUACCUUGAAAUGAAAAAUACGGAUUCCAAAUGGGGAUUGGUUUGUGAUAAGGUAGCAGGUUGGGGAAUAGAAGAAGCCACUGUGGCAUGUAGAGAACUCGGUUUUAUCAGGGGUGCUGAAUUGGCUUGGCAAGGAUAUCCUAUAAAAUCCGACGCAGAAAAAUUCGAUAUAUCGUUUCAAGUAAUCAAUUGCACCGGAGAAGAAUCUUCUUUGUCCGAAUGUGAAAUAACAAACGAUAUAGAAAACGAAUCAUCUCACUGUCAGCCGGAAGAAAUAUUAUACAAUCAACAAUGUUAUAAACUUUUCGGUAAAGAAAAUCCUGAUGAUCCAGGAAUAAAAACGGAAGAAGCAUCAGAUACGUUCACUUCGGUCGUGACGGGAGGCAUUGGUAUAUCGGUACUGGGAAGACCCAUGUGGAUUUGGGAGGGAACAAGCGAUCCUAUGGUUUUUGAAAAAUGGUGGAGUGGAUGGUCGGGAGAUAAAAAAAUACCGAGAGGAUCCAUUAACGGACCCCUGUGUAUUGUUUUAAAAAAAACUUAUGCUUGUGAGGAUGAUGUUGAUGUUGAGGAAAAACAAAAAGAGGGGAAAACAAUUUUAUACGCUACGAGUGAAGAAACUUGUUCGGCAGAUUAUUUUUUCUGGGACGUAGAAGAUUGUAGUAAAAUUCAAACUUCUGUUUUUAUUUGCGAAAGGCCCAUGGAUGACAUUGGUUGCGUCGUGGGUAACGGUGAAGGAUACGUAGGUACGGCAAAUACGACAGCAUCGGGACAAGCGUGUUUACCGUGGGAUCAUCCAAAAGUUGUAGAAGGUUUAGCCCGACGAAAAACAAUGCAAGAAAGAUCAUCACGUUUGAUAGGUCACAAUUACUGUAGAAAUUUGGGUAAUCCCGAUCGUCACCCGUGGUGUUUCGUAGAAGGACAAGGGAAUUCCGAAUAUUGUGCCAUACCUCAAUGUUGGGAUUUUGGUAAAAAUUAA